AUGCACGCAUCUGAAUCGAAGAAGCCAAGCUCUUGCAGGACCACACAUUCACCUUGGCCGCCCUGGGGCGCGCAUGUGGGGGCUGACUCGAAUGGAGGCGGCCUUCGCCAACCUGCGCAUCCACGGACCAUUCACCCUGGAAUGGGUACAACGAGUAGUCCUGACCUUAGCCCCAGGCAGAUUCAAUUGGUCCAAUGGUUGGGCGAGCAUAGCCUGCUAGUCGUGGAGCGACCUGGGCCAAUCCCGCCGUCGCCGCAUCGGAUGCCGUUUCAGCUCAGACUGCCCGAUCUUCUGUUUGCCAACCUAGACUACUCUCCCGCGCAACGGAGGCGUUACCGGACGAUGGAGCCGGCUGCGCUGCGUGGAACUCUUCUUGUCACGGGCUACGCCUUCACAUGA